AUGGCAGACGGGGAGGCAAAUCCGCAAAAGAAAACGUACACCAACAAGAAUAUUAAGAAACUAAGAGUGGCGAGCAUGGUUUGUAGCUUGACCAGCAGCUGGCAGAAGUGGGUGACGGACAAUGAGACCAAGCAAGCCAGUGAGCCGAGUGGGUGGUCGCCCUCUUGGAUGGGAGAUUCGGAUAAGGAACCGAAAAAAACGUGGAAGCCCAAGAAGAUUACGAAAACGCAGUCAAAAGAAGAUGUCAAGAAGCAAGAUAAUAGAGGGGAGAAUGAUGAUAAUAUUUCAGAGCCAGUUGUCGCGAGUCCAAUCAAAACUAAACAAGUGGCAAAGACUAUUAAAACUGUCGCCAAGGAGAAAAGUAUCGGGAUAGGAGUUUUGACUGAAAAAAUCACUAAAGAAUCGUUGCCGUCGAAUGAGGAGAUUGACAGACUUUUAAAGAAAAAAAGUUCACCGACUCGGAGAAGGAAAUGCUCCAAUAUGGUGUCAUCUUUAACCAAGAGCUGGAAACAGGUGGAGAGGACGGCCACGGAAGGGACGGGGGCCAGAGAUAGAGAGAUUCUGAAUACGGAAAUACAUAAAGAACAGGCUCAAGUGGAUGGUAAAAGAAAAGAUUUGAAUGAUGGAACGCAGAAAGAAGAAGAGGAGGAGGAAGAGGAGUCAGCUGUGAUGAUCAAGAGACCAUCCAUGUCAUUACUGAAAAAGGAGUCUGAAGACGCCCAGAAGAUCAGCGCUCUCUCGAAAAGCUACAGCGCGGUGGGCAGCCUGAAGAGCCGAUGGCAGAACUGGGCCUCGGAGCACACGGUCAACCAAAAACUCAACCCUUUCAGCGAAUACUUUGACUACGACUACUCCAUGUCUACGCGCCUGCAGAAGGGACAGGAGGGCUACGGGAGACCCAAAGAGGGGAGCAAGACUGCCGAACGGGCCAAACGCGCCGAGAAGCAUAUCCACAGGGAGAUCGACGAUAUGUGUUUGAUCAUUCGGACGAUGGCGGACCCUGAUCCAGACGGGAGAACGCGAGUGACUUUCGGGGAGUUGUUUGAGCGAUAUGUUCGCAUUUCGGAUAAAGUUGUGGGGAUUCUGAUGAGGGCCAGGAAGCACGGGAAGCUGGAGUUUGAAGGGGAGAUGUUAUGGCAGGGUAGAGAUGAUGGGGUGGUGAUUACUCUGCUGGUGUGA